AUGGAAACCGCGACAUUCUCCGCCUCCUGCGCGCGGAUCGCGCGGCUGUCCUCCCCGUCAGGCCCCUCCCCGCGAACCCCCUUCCCACCGCGUGCGAUCUCCGCGCGUGUGAAUGGCACCAGCGCCACCAGCAGAGCCACGUCCUCGUGCAUUGCCACGUCAGCACGCAGUCAGCACCACGCGUCCGUCCGGUGCCACGUGGUAAACGGCCGCUCCAAUGGCAGCCUGUCCUCGCCAACUGCUGACGUCACUGAGGCAGCCGUGCGGAGCGACGGCGCGACGGGCCACGUGUCAGACGCUGAUAGGCGGCAGCAGACAGUGGCGGCAAUCGCGGCGUCGGGGAUCGUGGCGUGCGUGCGCGCUGACAGUGCUGACGUGGCGCUCUCAGCUGCGCGUGCUGCACUCUCUGCGGGGAUCCAAGUGCUGGAGGUCACAUGCACCACCCCUGGCGCCUUCCAGGUCAUUGCAUCACUAUUCACGGACUUUCCACAUGCCACCAUAGGGGCGGGCACGGUGCUCUCCCGGCAAGACGCCAUGGCAGCUCAACGUGCUGGUGCUCGCUUCCUCAUGAGCCCUGCCACUGAUGCGGAUUUAGUGGCAUCACAUGCAGCAGGCCCUAUGGUCUUCAUUCCCGGUGCCAUGACACCCACCGAGAUCCUCUCAGCCUCUCGCCUUGGAGCUCCCCUGGUCAAGCUCUUCCCAGCGCCCUAUGCAGGAGGGCUGGCACUGGUGAAGGCCAUGCACCGAGCAGUGCUCUCCAUCGGGAUAGUGCCGGCUCAUGGCAUUCAGCUGGACAUGAUCGAAGGGUAUCUCGAAGCCGGGGCCGUUGCUGUUGUUCUACGCGGAGGGCGGUCCACACCCUGCGCCAAUCCCGCCGCUAUUCACUCCGCUCUCACCAACGCCCACUCUCCCGCAUCCCCCGCAUCUCCCGCUCCGCCCCCUGCGUUUUCCCGCUCCUUCGCCACCAAUCAGAAGCUCCAUCUCCCGCCGCUUGAGCCGCGAUUCGCGCGGCUCGCGCAGGACGUGCUGGACGGCAAUCUGCACGCGCUGAGCCGCGCGAUCACGCUCUGCGAGUCCGUGCGCGAGUCGCACCGCCCGCAGGCCGCGGCGCUGCUGCAGCACGUGCUGGAGGUGGUGCGCGCGCGGAAGGCGCAGGCGGAGAUCGCGCACGGCGCGGGGAAGGCUAGGGAUGGAUUCUUCAAGAUCGGAAUCACGGGGCCGCCCGGCGCGGGGAAGUCGUCGCUGAUCGAACGUGCGUGCGGGAGGGACGAUCAGACGAGGGGGGAGGGUAUAGGAGGAGGAGGAGCGGGGGCGAAUGGGCUCAGCGGAAGCGGCGUGGCAGGCAUCCCGCCGCUCUAUGUUCUGUUCUCCGCGCACCGGCCUUCUCCCCUUGACCCUGUCUCGAAUCCCCGCCUCGGGAUGCACGCGGUGGAGGACGACAGGCGAGUAGCCGUGCUAGCCAUCGACCCAUCAUCUCACAGCAGCGGGGGGUCCAUUCUGGGCGACAAGACGCGCAUGGAGCGCCUCUCCGUGCAACAGCAGGGGAUAAUCUCAAUCUCUCUCCCCCUUCCCCUCGCCUUCCCCUCGCCUUCCCCUCGCCUUCCCCCAGGCCUGGGCAUGCACGCCGUUCAGGACGACAGGCGAGUAGCCGUGUUGGCCAUCGACCCGUCAUCGCACAGCAGCGGGGGGUCCAUUCUGGGCGACAAGACGCGCAUGGAGCGCCUCUCCGCGCACCCCUCCGCGUUCAUCCGCCCCACGCCCUCGCGCGGGGAGGUGGGCGGGCUCGCGCGCAACACCGCUGACGCCGCGCUGCUGUGCGAGGCGAGUGGGUGCGAUGUGUUGCUGGUGGAGACGGUGGGGGGCGGGCAGGCUGACGUGGCAGUGGCACAGAUAACAGACAUGGUGCUGCUGCUGCUGCCGCCCGCUGGCGGCGACGAGCUACAGGGCAUAAAAAAAGGAGUGGUGGAGAUUGCUGAUCUGGUGGUGGUGAACAAGGCAGACGGUGCCAUGGAGGGGGCGGCGCUGGCAGCGGUGGGCGAGUACAGCAACGCACUGCACUUCGUGCACCCGCGCUACGACUUCUGGAUGACCCCGGUGGUGGCGUGCAGCACGCGCACAGGGCUGGGCAUAGAGGACUUGUGGAAGAAGAUAGGAAAGUUCCAGGAAGCUAUGCGCUCGUCCGGCGAGCUGCAGCAGCUGAGGGGCGCUCAGAACAGGGGACUGCUGUGGAGCACCGUGGAGGCGGAAAUACUGUACAA